GUGCGCGGCGGCGGCGGGGUGGCUGGGCCGGCGGCGGCGGCGGUACGAGGCGCGCGCUCGGGGUCCCGGUCGCGAGGAGGAGGAGGAUGUGGCGCGCGGAGGGGAAAUGGCUGCCGAAAACAAGCCGGAAGAGCGUUUCCCAAAGUGUAUUCUGCGGAACUAGCACCUACUGUGUUCUCAACACCGUGCCACCUAUAGAAGAUGAUCAUGGGAACACCAAUAGUAGUCAUGUAAAAAUCUUUUUACCGAAAAAGCUGCUUGAAUGUCUGCCGAAAUGUUCAAGUUUACCAAAAGAGAGGCACCGCUGGAACACUAACGAGGAAAUUGCAGCUUAUUUAAUAACAUUUGAGAAACACGAAGAAUGGCUAACCACCUCCCCUAAGACAAGACCACAGAAUGGCUCAAUGAUACUCUACAACAGGAAGAAAGUGAAAUACAGGAAAGAUGGGUAUUGCUGGAAAAAGAGGAAAGACGGGAAAACGACCAGAGAGGACCACAUGAAACUCAAGGUCCAGGGAGUAGAGUGCUUGUACGGCUGCUAUGUCCAUUCCUCCAUCAUCCCCACCUUCCACCGGAGGUGCUACUGGCUCCUUCAGAACCCCGACAUCGUCCUGGUGCACUAUCUGAACGUGCCGGCCAUCGAGGACUGCGGUAAGCCUUGCGGCCCCGUCCUCUGCUCCAUCAACACGGACAAGAAGGAGUGGGCGAAGUGGACGAAGGAGGAGCUCAUCGGGCAGCUGAAGCCCAUGUUCCACGGCAUCAAGUGGACGUGCAGCAACGGGAACAGCAGCUCGGGCUUCUCGGUGGAGCAGCUGGUGCAGCAGAUCCUCGACAGCCACCAGACCAAGCCCCAGCCGCGGACCCACAACUGCCUGUGCACCGGCGGCUUGGGAGCAGGCAGCAGCGUGCACCACAAGUGUAACAGUGCCAAACACCGGAUCAUCUCACCGAAGGUGGAGCCGCGGACAGGGGGGUACGGGAGCCACUCGGAGGUGCAGCACAACGACGUGUCCGAGGGCAAGCACGAGCACAGCCACAGCAAGGGCUCGAGCCGCGAGAAGCGGAAUGGCAAGGUGGCCAAGCCCGCGCUGCUGCACCAGAGCAGCACCGAGGUCUCCUCCACCAACCAGGUCGAGGUCCCCGACACGACCCAGAGCUCCCCCGUGUCCAUCAGCAGUGGGCUCAACAGCGACCCGGACAUGGUGGACAGCCCAGUGGUCACCGGUGUGUCCAGCAUGGCGGUGGCCUCCGUGAUGGGGAGCUUGUCCCAAAGCGCCACGGUGUUCAUGUCCGAGGUCACCAACGAGGCGGUGUAUACCAUGUCCCCCACCGCCGGCCCCAACCACCACCUCCUGUCACCCGACGCCUCUCAGGGCCUGGUCCUGGCCGUGAGUUCCGAUGGCCACAAGUUCGCCUUCCCCACCACGAGCAGCUCGGAAAGCCUGUCGAUGCUGCCCGCCAAUGUGUCCGAAGAGCUGGUCCUUUCCACCACCCUAGACGGUGGCCGGAAGAUUCCAGAAACCACCAUGAACUUUGACCCCGACUGUUUCCUCAAUAACCCAAAGCAGGGCCAGACGUACGGGGGCGGAGGCCUGAAAGCCGAGAUGGUGGGCACCAACACCCGGCACUCGCCGCCUGUCGAGAGGAGCUUCAGCUUUACCACCGUCCUCGCCAAGGAGAUCAAGACCGAGGACACCUCUUUCGAGCAGCAGAUGGCCAAAGAAGCGUACGCCACCUCCGCAGCGGCCGCCGCGGCGUCCAGCUCCCUCACCCUGACCGCCGGCUCCAGCCUCCUGCCCUCGGGCGGCGGCUUGAGUCCCAGCACCACCCUGGAGCAGAUGGACUUCAGUGCCAUAGACUCCAACAAGGACUACACGUCCGGCUUCAGCCAGACGGGCCACAGCCCCCACCUCCACCAGACCCCCUCCCCUAGCUUCUUCCUGCAGGACGCCAGCAAACCCCUCCCCAUUGAGCAGAAUGCCCAUAGCAGCCUGAGCGACUCUGGGGGCACCUUUGUGAUGCCCACAGUGAAAACGGAGGCCUCGUCCCAGACCAGCUCUUGCAGCGGCCACGUGGAGACGCGGAUAGAGUCCACUUCCUCCCUCCACCUCAUGCAGUUCCAGGCCAACUUCCAGGCCAUGACAGCAGAAGGGGAGGUCACCAUGGAGACCUCGCAGGCAGCCGAAGGGGGCGAGGUCCUCCUCAAGUCUGGGGAGCUGCAGGCCUGUAGUUCCGAGCACUACCUGCAGCCCGAGACCAAUGGGGUGAUCCGCAGUGCUGGUGGCGUCCCCAUCCUCCCGGGCAACGUGGUGCAGGGGCUGUACCCGGUGGCCCAGCCCAGCCUUGGCAAUGCUUCCAACAUGGAGCUCAGCCUGGACCACUUUGACAUCUCCUUUAGCAACCAGUUCUCCGAUCUGAUCAACGACUUCAUCUCCGUGGAGGGGGGCAGUGGCACCAUCUACGGGCACCAGCUGGUGUCAGGGGACAGCGCGGGGCUCUCGCAGUCGGAAGACGGGGCCCGUGCACCCUUCACCCAGGCGGAGAUGUGCAUUCCCUGCUGCAGCCCCCAGCAGGGCAGCCUGCAGCUGAGCAGUGCCGAGGGCGGGGCCGGCACCAUGGCCUACAUGCACGUCGCCGAGGUGGUCUCGGCUGCCUCAGCCCAGGGCACCCUGGGGAUGCUGCAGCAGAGUGGACGGAUGUUCAUGGUGACCGACUACUCCCCAGAGUGGUCUUACCCAGAGGGAGGAGUGAAGGUCCUCAUCACGGGCCCGUGGCAGGAAGCCGGCAGUGACUACAGCUGCCUGUUCGACCAGAUCUCAGUGCCUGCGUCCCUGAUCCAGCCCGGGGUGCUGCGCUGCUACUGCCCAGCCCAUGACACUGGUCUUGUGACCCUACAAGUUGCCUUCAACAACCAGAUCAUCUCCAACUCGGUGGUGUUUGAGUACAAAGCUCGGGCUCUGCCCACGCUCCCUUCCUCCCAGCACGACUGGCUGUCAUUGGACGAUAACCAGUUCAGGAUGUCCAUCCUGGAACGCCUGGAGCAGAUGGAAAGGAGGAUGGCUGAGAUGACAGGGUCCCAGCAGCACAAACCGGCGAGUGCAGGAGGUGGCAGCGGAGCUGGCAGUGGGAGUGGGAGUGGAGGGAGUCAAGCUCAGUGUGCUUCUGGGACUGGGACCUUGGGGAGCUGCUUUGAGAGCCGCGUGGUCGUUGUGUGUGAGAAGAUGAUGAGCCGAGCCUGCUGGGCGAAGUCCAAGCACUUGAUCCAUUCAAAGACUUUCCGUGGAAUGACCCUCUUACACCUGGCCGCUGCCCAGGGUUAUGCCACCCUAAUCCAGACCCUCAUCAAGUGGCGCACAAAGCAUGCGGAUAGCAUUGACUUGGAACUGGAAGUUGACCCCUUGAAUGUGGACCACUUCUCCUGUACUCCUCUGAUGUGGGCAUGUGCCUUGGGGCACCUGGAAGCUGCCGUUGUGCUGUACAAGUGGGACCGUCGGGCCAUCUCCAUUCCUGACUCUCUAGGAAGGCUGCCUUUGGGAAUUGCCAGGUCAAGAGGUCACGUGAAAUUAGCAGAGUGUCUCGAGCACCUGCAGAGAGAUGAGCAGGCUCGGCUGGGACAGAACCCCAGAAUCCACUGUCCUCCAAGUGAAGAGCCUAACACAGAUAGCUGGAUGGCACAGUGGCACAGUGAAGCCAUUAACUCUCCAGAAAUACCCAAAGGAGUCACUGUUAUUGCAAGUACCAACCCAGAGCUGAGAAGACCUCGUUCUGAACCCUCUAAUUACUACAGCAGUGAGAGCCACAAAGAUUAUCCGGCUCCCAAAAAGCAUAAAUUGAACCCUGAGUCCUUCCAGGCGAGGCAGGAGAAGCUGCUUUCCACUGCACUGAGUCUGGAACAGCCAAAUAUCAGGAAGCAGAGCCCUAGUUCUAAGCAGUCUGUCCCCGAGACAAUCAGCCCCAGUGAAGGAGUGAGGGACUACAGCCGGGAACUCUCCCCUCCCACUCCAGAGACUGCAGGAUUCCAAGCCUCUGGAUCUCAGCCUGUAGUAAAGUGGAGUUCCAAAGAUCUUUACAUUGGUGUGUCUACAGUACAGGUGACGGGAAAUCCGAAGGGGACCAGUGUAGGAAAGGAUGCAGCACCUUCACAGGUGCGUCCACGGGAACCAAUGAGUGUCCUGAUGAUGGCUAACAGAGAGGUGGUGAAUUCAGAGAUGGGGCCCUACCGUGAUAGUACAGAAAACGAAGAGUGCCCGCAACCCAUGGAUGACAUACAGGUGAACAUGAUGACCUUGGCAGAACACAUUAUUGAAGCCACACCUGACCGAAUCAAGCAGGAGAAUUUUGUGCCCAUGGAGUCCUCAGCAUUGGAAAGAACAGAUCCUGCUACCAUUAGCAGUACAAUGAGCUGGCUGGCCAGUUACCUAGCUGAUGCCGAUCGUCUGCCAAAUGCUGCCCAGAUCAGAAGUGCAUAUAACGAGCCUCUAACCCCUUCUUCUAAUACCAGCUUGAGCCCUGUAGGCUCUCCAGUCCGUGAAAUCACUUUCGAGAAACCUAACCUUCCUUCAGCAGCAGAUUGGUCAGAAUUCCUGAGUGCAUCUACCAGUGAGAAGGUAGAGAGUGAAUUUGCCCAGCUGACACUGUCUGAUCAUGAACAGAGAGAACUCUAUGAAGCUGCCAGGCUUGUCCAGACAGCCUUCCGGAAAUACAAGGGCCGACCCUUGCGGGAACAGCAAGAGGUGGCUGCUGCUGUCAUUCAACGUUGUUACAGAAAAUAUAAACAGCUGACAUGGAUAGCCUUGAAGUAUGCACUUUAUAAAAAGAUGACCCAGGCUGCCAUCCUUAUCCAGAGCAAAUUCCGAAGUUACUAUGAACAAAAAAAAUUUCAGCAGAGCCGACGUGCUGCUGUGCUGAUCCAGAAGUAUUACCGGAGUUAUAAGAAAUGUGGCAAAAAACGGCAGGCUCGCCGAACAGCUGUCAUUGUACAGCAGAAACUCAGGAGCAGUUUGCUAACCAAAAAGCAGGACCAAGCUGCUCGAAAAAUAAUGAGGUUUCUACGCCGCUGUCGCCACAGCCCCCUGGUGGACCAUAGGCUGUACAAAAGGAGUGAAAGAAUUGAAAAAGGCCAAGGAACUUGAAGAUAUACAGCAGCAUCCCUUAGCAAUGUGACAUUGCUUUUCAGACUGUUUUCAUUUCUGUUUUUAGCAGAGACAUGCAACACACGCGCGCGCACACGCACACACACACACACACACACACAAUCCCUCUGCAGUUUUGGGGAGAUCAGCUGCAGGAUUUUAACAGGAAUGUUUUGGUCAUUGCAUUUGCACUUUCAUGGACAACUUUUAAUUUGAUCAGCAAGACAUCUUGGAACUCAGUCUUCUGUUGGAUCAUGGGAAAACAAGACACCAGGAGGAAUUGAAAGAGGCUUCCUCUUCUUAGGAAGAAGCCAUUUUCCUUCUCUUAUAGGGCUGUAUUCAAACAUCGUGUGGAACUGUACAAAUAUUUAUACCAAAAAUAUAGAUAAGAAAAGGUGGGGAUACACUAGCAACAAAAAAGAAUGCUGUUCCUGCACCUGUUGGUUAUUUCCAAGAAGCUGAAUCUUUGGGAUUGAUUCUCAGUGGAGGGCUUAGAUCAAACAAAUUGUUACUGGGUCCGUGUGUUCUCAUUUCCUUCACUGUUUAUUUUUGUUUGUUUGUUUGUUUGUUUGUUUUAAUCUCUACAGCACACUUAAUGCAACUUUUAAAAUCUGCAGGUUUUUAAUGUAUUGUGGAAAUGUGCAGAGGGGCGGGUGUGUGGUAAACGGGUAAUGCAUGGGAAAUGAUGAGAAACAGCUUACAAAGUUUAGAUUUAUUUUCUCGUCCCCACCACCUUCCAAGAGCCUGCGAACAUAGUAAUCAUCUUGUCCCUUUUCUCAUGUUCAGCACUUUAAUUUUUUUGCCUUACUUUCAUGUGCAAUGAGAAUUAACUUUAGAAUUGGUAAAGCAUGUAGCCUUUUUUAGUAACCUUGGAAACUGUAGUAAUUCUAAGGAAUCAUAAACCUUGCCUGGACAUUUGCCACCUAAAUGAUCAGUGUGGUGCUCCGUUCUGGCCAGUAAAUUCCAUGUUUUGGCUAUAUCUCAUCCAAACUGAGCAAUUUCUGUGUAUAUAUAGAAGGUAGAAAUGAAAAGUGAGAAAAUAUUUGAAAGGGAUUAUAUUAAUUGCGAAAUAUUUUAUUCACAAAGGUCAAUAACAUGGCAAGAUAAAAUUAUUUGUAUAGUUUUGUCUGAAUGAGCGAAAAAAAUGUGGAUGUAUUGUUUGUAUAUAUUGUAUAUAUCAAAACAAAGAGAUAUGUGCAUGAAAUCAAGAAAAAAGAAAUGAACAAAAGCAAAGCAUUAGUGGCUAUGGUCUGUAAAA